AUGGACAACAAUAAGAAAAAGAAGUCUAAAAAUUUUGAAGCUUAUGAAGAUAGCGAUGAUGAUCUUUACAGUCCUGAAGAGUAGAAAAACUAUGGAAAAGGAAAAAAAUAAGCUCCAGGGAAACAAGUGUAAACAGCAUUGACUGCAAACCUUAAACCAGGUGCAAAAAAUACUCAAUAGCUUAAAAAGAAUCUAUUAGUUGAUGACUCUGAUGAAGAUGAUGAGAGAGGACUAAAUAACAAUUACUUACUAAAUAAGAUAAACGAUAGUUUUGAUAAAAAAUCAGCCUAUACAGACUUCAAAAGAUCAAAUAACAAAGAAUCAUAAGAUACCUUUUAAAAUCCGAAUAUCAAAAAGCCGCCCCUGUCUGAUGUUUCUUAAGGGUCAUCUAAUAAAGGAUUCAAGAAGACUUAAAAGAGAUAUGAAGAAAAUGAUUAUGAGGAUGACAGCGAAGAAGAUAGGCAUUAGUUCUUAAAGCCUAGUGUUAAUAACAAACAACCAGUUAAAAGCAUAUAAGGUAAGGCUAACCCACCUUCAAAAUAAGCAAGCUCUAAAGCCAAGAAUACAUUUGGCAGACCUUAAGAAUCAGAAGAAGAAAGCGAUGAGGAGAUUGAAUUUAAAGCGUUAGGGAAGAAUAACAAAAAAGGAGGAAACAAUAACCAAAAUAAGAAUUAGAACAUGAAGAAAGUAGCUAAGAAGUUUAGUGAUGAAGAGUAGGAGUAAGAUGAUGAAGAUGACGAUGAGAAAAAGAAACCUUUGAUUAAGAAUAAGCAGUAGCCACUUCAGCCAUAGAACAAAAAGUAAUAGUCAAAGAAAUAGGACUCCGAAUCUGAUGAGGAUGAAGAUGAUAAGAGUUCCAAGUAAUUUAGAGGUUAAACAUCUAAAAGCAGCAGAAAGGAAAGAGAACUAGAAAGUGUGGAAGAUAGAAAGCAAGCUGAGAUAAAGAAAACCAAGUAAAAGAACUUUGUAAAAAAAGAGCAUGAGUUUGACUUCAAUGAAGAUAUUAAUGAAAAAUCUCAAUAUCCUAUGCAUAUUGCCGAGUAUGGAGUUCCACUGAAUGAGCUGGAGGACAUUCAUGCAUACUACUCACUUCCUAGUAAAGCAAUUAAGAAAGAACAGAAAAACAGAAAAAAGCUUGCUAAGCAUCUUAGAAAUAAGAACUACUUCUACACAUCGAAAUGCUUUAUGUUGUUUCACUUCCUCCAAACAGCCAUGUUCUGGAUUGUUGCCACUGCUUUUCCAUUUUAUGCUGUAAUUGGAUGCAACGGUGGUCACAGUUGGACGAGUCAUAUAGCUAUUUUAACCUAUCUUGGACUCAAUUUGAUAUUUGACUUGGUAUUUGCAGCCUAGUACUACGAAAAGGAGAGUAUAAAGUACGAACUUUAAUAUAAUUAAGAGGUCAAUAAUGAGGCAAAGCUUAAAGCCUUAAAGAAGAGAAAGAGUUAUAGAAGAAAGCUUAUGGAUUCUGACGAGGAAUUGCACUCAAUGUAAGCUGAGUUUAGGAGCAGAGGUUCACAUAUGUUUGGUGUGUUUUUAUAGAUCUUGUUCGAAUUGACUAUGACUUAUAUUGGAUUGCUGAGAAUUUACUGUGAUUAUGCCUUCUUGUCAAUAGUAUCAAAAGAAAGGCUUAAUAUGUAUGCUUAUACUUCAGGCAUUUCACUUAUAUUCUUAGGAUUACCUAAACUAUAUGCAAUCAUUAUGAGUUUAGUAAUCAUGUUUGGAGGAGUAAAAGAAGAAAAUAAACUAAGGAAACAUGCUUUUAGAAUUCUUAUAUUCAACGAGUUUAGAGUGCAAGCUCUGAAUGUUGAGUAUGUUCAUCACUAAAAGAAUAAAAUAGAUUUGCUUUGGGGAUUCAUGAAAUUCAUAUUCCAAGAUUUUCCCUAGCUUUGCAUUCAAGUUUGGUAUCUGCUAGAAACUGAUUGCGGAAAGAAAAAUACUAACUCUAUAAUAGUCAUUGGCAUUAUACUUGCACUUAUCAACACCUAUUUUGGAUUCUUGUAUAGACUAAUAAAUGUAUUCUAUUCUGUAAAUAGACUCAACUCAAUAAAAAGAAGAGUUCAGAUAGUCAUCAACAAUAUUUUGCUGGCUACUUUUGGAUUCAGCAAUCUUAGAGGUAAAAUCCAUGCUAACAAAAAAAUUGAGUCAUUGGUAUUUUCAGGAGAAAACUAUGAAUACUUCUUUUUGAAUGAAAGAUCUGUAGUCAAAUUCUCCAAAUUAAUGGAGUAAUUCCCAAGCAAAGAGACAGUGUUCUUUGUUGAAGCCAAGCGAGUAAAGUUCAAGUCUGUUAGAGAGGCUAAGCUACUUUUUGUAGCAAUUGAUGCUAACUACCCUAAAAUGAGAUAUCUAACUCUUUAAGAGUGCAGUCUGUGCCAUAACUUUAUUUUACAGCUUAAAACCUUUAUCGAUGGAAACACCUCAAUGACUAGAAUAGCUUUUGUUUAGAAUCAAAUGUCUGAAAAAGACUGUUAUGAAGCCAUAGAAACAAGCAUUGAUCACCCAAACAUAGAAAUAAUCUAACUUGCUGAGACUUAAAUUGAACAAAAAAAGACAAAAAAAGAUAAGAAAAACCCACAAGAAUCUACAGAUUUCUCAGUAGUCAGCAGAGGUAUAUAGUAAAAAUUUGUAGCAAAUAAAACAUUGAGAGUAAUAGAGAUCAGAUAUCUAGCUCUAGACAAGUCCUUUGUUAACGCUAUUUUCUAAGGCAUUUAAAAUAAUGGGAUUUUAUAGGUCCUGACUCUUACUCACAAUGCUUUGAUCAAGGCAGAACAACAUGAGUUCGAUAAUUUAGCUGGUGCUCUACAGGAGAAUUAAAGCUUAUUAUGUUUCGAUUUCACCUAUAAUGAAAAUCUUGACGACAAUUUAAUCUAUCACAAGAAUAUCUCAGAUGCAAUUUUGGAAAAUAGAGAUACUAGACUGGUCAAGGUUCAUCUAACUUCAAAAUCUCUUGACGUAAAAUCCCACUAUCUUGAUGUCAUUGACUAGAAACAAGAUCUAUUGGUCUAUAUGAAUGAGAAAAUACUGGAAGAUGUGGACGUUCAAGAUUCUAAUUGA